AUGGAGAAAGAGAGAAUCGGGACGCGACUGAGAAGAAGCAGAGGCAUUUGUGGCUGCAGCUCUCCUCGUUGCUCUUAUCACACUCCUCGCUCCAUUUUCUUAUGGUACGAGGAGGAUCUGUGGACAUAUAUUGCGAGGUUUUUGGAUGGAAAAUCAUUGGUGAUGCUGGGAACCACGAAUAAGUGGUUCAACAGUAUCAUUAUGCACGAGAGUGUAUGGAAGUUUGCGUGCUUGCGUGAUCUUCAGGUUCCCAGUCCACCCCACGUGUCCCACAGUUGGAUUAAGCUCUAUGCUUCAGCUUUCGAUGGAAGUCACUCUUACUUAUUCCGCCAACAGGAGAAACAUAUUGAUUGGAUACGGAUUGGUGCAUUUUCUUUUGAUUCACCAUUUGCUCUCCUCACUGAGAGAUUGAGCACUCCUGUAAGAAUUCCAAGAGAAGGAAAUCUUGAUAAUAUGCUGGAAUCCUGUGGUUCAUGUGUGCUGAAGAAUAUCAAAAGCGGGAUCUGGAUAGCUGAUCUACAGCUGGUUCGAUGCCCUGUCUGUGACCUCAACACCUGUGAUGGAACAAUGCAGACUUUAGAUGCAAGGCAUAUAGAGCUUUUCUUGUGUGAUGGCUUUAGGAAUGGAAGUUGGCAGUACGAGCUUAUUGGAUCCCAUAAAAUCCAAAACAAUGUAAAAGGAGCUUGUGGGGCUAUUUUUGAUCUCCAACACAUAAGUGAAUAUUCAACAGCGGGAAUCUUCAAUCUCAAGUCAUGGACAGGGAAAACUAGUGACUGUCAACCGAAGGCUGUCAUCGCACUACAUGCAGUUGCAGUCAACACCAAUUUGCAGAAAAACGAAGGAAUUCUAGUAAAGUAUCACGCAAUGAGAGCUGGAAACGAAGGGAAAAUUGUUUCAAUUAGAAUCUCUCAGCAGCUCCUGUAAAUCUACCGGAAUGUCACAUAUCAUAUAACCAAAAGA